AUGGGUGCCCCAGCACCUCAAGGUGUUGCCACCACACUAUCCGUUGAUGGCCUCAUUGCCGUAACAUGGACGGGUGCUGCUCUGGGCAUUCUAUUCACUGGUAUCCGAAUCGGAAUCCGGUUAAUGACGAUGAAGCGCUUAUUGGCGGAUGAUUAUUUUGUACUCUUAGCGUUGGGCUUCCUCAUUGCAAAUGCUGUGUUGCAGACCUUGCAGGCACCGCAUCUCUAUUACAUGGCCCUCGAUGUGACGGGACCCGAUAUUAUGUACCACGGUACUCUCUACACAUAUUACGAGUUCGCUAUCAUUGGUGUUUUUUGGUCUGUUCUUUGGGCAAUCAAGGGGUCAUUCCUUGCGCUAUUCUGGAUUAUCUCGGACGGUCUGCCUCAUUAUCGUCGAGCAUGGUGGGCGACUACAAUCAUUGCAAUCAUCGCUUACAUCGGAUGUUGGCUUGCGUCAGUGUUUACGUGCCAUCCAGCAUCCACCUAUUUCCAAUUCGGGAAAUGUGUGAAGCCGAUUGACCAAGAGGGAUCUGUCAUCUCAAUCUGUUACAGUACAGCGGUGGAUAUUAUCACAGACUUGUUGAUUAUGUCGCUCCCGCUUCGCAUCCUUUGGAACGCGAGGAUCAAUGCGAAGCAAAAGGUUGGCUUAGUGAUUGUCUUCUCACUCGGGUUCAUUGUUAUCGCCGCGGCAAUUGUUCGAGCGAUCGAAAUCUCCGGCAAAGCAUACUCCGACCAAGCAGCCUUGGCUAUUUGGAGUAUCGCCGAAUCAUCAAUAUCGGUUAUCGUCGGCUGCCUUCCACCUUUCAAAACCUUGAUCUCGAGCAAGACUGGCACGGGCUCCUAUGCCUACGGCUCUUCUAAAUUCAAUCCAAAUUCCUAUAAUCGCAAUCUUUCAGCGAGGACUACCAAGCGCUCCCACACUACCAGCUGGAGCGAUGUUGAGCUACCAUUACAAGAUCGCAGCACAUAUCAACUUCCGGGUAAUGAGAUCUAUGAACAAAAUGACGUACAUAUCAUAGGAGGACAAGCCCAGAUGGCCAUGCAACCAAGGAAUUCACAGGGCAGUGCCCACGAAGAUGAUUUCAAAGGGGACAUCAAGAUGGUGAAAGAGUUUCACUUCUCGGCUGCCUCCCGUGAUGAGAAGUUUCUGGCUACAUUCUUUGCACUGUAUCAAGUUUUGCCUACUAUCACUGACUUGACAUCAGCAAAUAACCGCUGA